AUGAAUACUAUUCCUCUCUUCCUCACCCCUUUCGCAGCAGGCGUACAGUCCUGCCGUCACCGAAUCGUCCUCCGACGCGCAGAGUCUCACCUGCUCAAAGCAGUAGCCCUGUACUAUCCCAUCGUGGACCAGGUCAAGCCGACCCUGAGCGAAGAGCAGCAAGCAUUUCUCAGCACCAAGAUCAUGCUUGUCCAGCACGCCAUCGACGAACUAGAACAACACGCCGCUCUCCAUCCCAGUACGAGUAUCAAACCGCGCUUGAAGGUCGCUAAGAGGGCCUUGCGGUUAGUUCAGCGGUUGCUCGAAGAUGAUCCUGAGUGA